UCCCACUCCCUCCCCAUGGCGGCGGCGGCGGCGCUGCGGACGCCGGCGGUUCGCCGCCCGCUCCUCGCCGCUUCCGCGCUCGUCCGCACCUGCCGCCACCUCUCGUCCACCGACCCACCACCUCCGCCGCACCACCCCAAUCCCCUCGCCUCGGAGCUCCUCCGCCUCCUCUCCGCCGCCUCCUCUUGGACGCCCGACCUCGCCGACGCCGUCUCCUCCUCCCUCUCUAGCGCCCCCGCCUCCGCCGCGGACGUCGUCGUACCCGUCCUCCGCGCCCUCAGGAACCCGUCCCUCGCCGCCCCAUUCUUCCUCGUUGCCUCCUCCGCCUCGUCCCCGCACCCGCUCCCCGCCGACGCCUACAGCGCCGUCCUCCCGUUCCUCUCCCACGACCUCGCGGCCCUGGAAAAGGUCCUCGAGGAGAUGAGCGUCCUCGGGUACGGCGUCCCCAACCCCGCCUGCGCCGACCUCGUCGCCACCCUCGUCCGCGCCCGCCGCCUCGACGACGCCGAGCGCGCUGUCGCGGCCAUGCGGCGGCUCAAGUUCCGCCCGGCGUUCUCGGCGUACACCGUGCUGAUCGGCGCGCUGGCGGAGGCAGGGUGGCCGGAGCGCGCGCUGGAGCUGCUGCGGCAGAUGCAGGAGGUUGGGUACGAGGUGGGCGUGCCGCUGUUCACGACUCUGGUGCGGGCACUGGCCCGUGAGGGGAGCGUGGAGGGCGCACUGGAGCUGGUGGAUGAGGUGAAGCGGAGCUGCCUGGAGCCGGAUAUCGUCCUGUACAAUGUGUGCAUCGAUUGUUUCGGGAAGGCUGGGAAUGUGGAUAUGGCCUGGAAGUUCUUCCACGAAUUGAAGGCACAAGGGCUGCAGCCGGAUGACGUCUCGUACACGAGCAUGAUUUGGGUAUUGUGCAAGGCGGGGAGGCUAAGCGAGGCUGAGGAGCUGUUUGGUCAGAUGGAGGCAGAAAGAGCUGUGCCUUGUGCAUAUGCGUAUAAUACAAUGAUUAUGGGUUAUGGGUCUGCGGGCCAGUUUGAGGAUGCCUAUAAGCUGCUUGAUCAGUUAAAGGAGAGGGGUUGUAUUCCAUCUGUUGUGUCAUUUAAUUCGAUUCUCACUUGCCUUGGGAAGAAGAGGAAAGUUGAUGAGGCGCUGACCUUGUUUGAGGCCAUGAAGAAGGAUGCAGAGCCAAAUUCCUCGACAUAUAACAUCAUCAUUGAUAUGCUUUGCAUUGCUGGAAAGGUUGAGGAGGCCUAUAAGAUAAGGGAUGAGAUGGAGCAUGCUGGCCUGUUCCCUAACUUGUUAACAGUGAAUAUAAUGGUUGAUAGGUUUUGCAAGGCAAAGAAGCUUGAGGAGGCCUGUAAGAUUUUUGAAACUGCAAGUCAAAUAGGUUGCAAACCUAAUCCUGUGACUUACUGUUCUCUUAUUGAUGGAUUAGGAAAGAAGGGACAGGUCGAUGACGCUUAUAGGUUAUUUGAGAAUAUGUUAGAUGCAGGCUACAAUGCUAAUCCUGUUGUAUAUACAUCCUUGAUAAGGAAUUUCUUCAUGCAUGGGAGGAAAGAAGAUGGACACAAAAUCUUCAAAGAGAUGAACCGUCGAGGAUGCCGGCCUGAUCUUACCCUACUCAAUACAUACAUGGACUGUACUUUCAAAGCUGGUGAUGUUGAAAGGGGAAGAGCAAUAUUUGAUGACAUCAAGGGUUAUGGUUUCCUUCCUGAUGUCCGAAGUUAUUCCAUUUUGAUUCAUGGUCUCACGAAAGCUGGCCAUGCUAGAGAAACUUCCAACAUUUUUCAUGCCAUGAAGCAGCAAGGCUUUGUUCUUGAUGCCCGGGCUUAUAAUUCCGUUGUUGAUGGGUUCUGUAAAUCUGGUAAGGUGGAUAAGGCCUAUGAAGUUCUUGAGGAGAUGAAGGCAAAGCGUGUACCUCCUACAAUUGCUACAUAUGGAACAAUUAUUGAUGGUUUAGCUAAGAUUGACAGGUUAGAUGAAGCUUAUAUGCUUUUUGAGGAAGCAAAAUCAAAAGGAAUGGAAUUGAAUGUUAUUGUCUAUAGCUCCCUCAUGGAUGGAUUUGGAAAGGUUGGUAGGAUAGAUGAAGCUUAUUUAAUAUUAGAAGAGAUGAUGAAGAAGGGUCUUACUCCGAAUGUUUACACAUGGAACAGCCUUAUGGAUGCUUUAGUGAAAGCUGAAGAAAUCAAUGAAGCCCUUAUUUGUUUCCAGUCAAUGAAGGAAAUGAAAUGUUCACCUAACACUUAUACAUACAGUAUUCUUAUAAAUGGCCUUUGCCGCGUACAGAAGUACAAUAAGGCUUUUGUGUUCUGGCAAGAAAUGCAGAAACAGGGAUUGGUUCCUAAUGUUGUGACUUACACAACCAUGAUUGCUGGGCUUGCAAAGGUAGGGAACAUAACAGAUGCUUGCAGUCUCUUUGAGAGAUUUAAGGCCAACGGUGGAAUCCCUGAUGCAGCAAGUUUCAAUGCUCUUAUAGAGGGAAUGAGCCAUGCGAAUAGAGCAAUUGAGGCAUAUCAGGUAUUUGAAGAAACUCGAUUACGAGGAUGUAGAAUUAAUGUAAAGGCAUGCAUCAGUCUUCUAGAUGCUUUGAACAAAGCUGAAUGUCUUGAGCAGGCUGCUGUUGUGGGUGCAGUUUUGAGAGAGAUUGCAAAGUCCCAGCAUGCUUCGAGAUCCUUGUAAAAUUCAGCUUCACUGGUUGCUAUCUUUACAGUAUUGAUGUUAUGAAUAUAAUCAUUUUAUAGCACAGGACAUACUGCAAACAUCAGCCAAAUUAAUUAGGCUUGUUCAUACUGUUUGACCGGUUGAUAAUUAGUAAGAAGUUUUGACGUUAUUGUGGUUCAA